CUGAUCCCCGCGUGCACAGUUCUGUCCUCACUCUGUUCGUUCUCCCGCUUGCUGUCCAUGUCUCUCCCUCUUUCUGUCUUUCGUCACCGCCCUCGUCGUCCUCUUGCCUGUCCGCUUUUUGUUCUGGUGAUGCUUUUUGCGGCUUGCAUUGGGCAGGGGGCCAAGGGCACGCGACCGGACAAUAUCUGCUCGGGUGAUAUUCUCCCCAGUAUCGUUCGAGAGGGCGAAGGCGAUGUCUCUGGCGUUGUCACGCCCAAGGAAUUGGGCUGUAAGGUGCUAAACCGACUGCUGCAACCCGAUGAGUCGCCUAUCGCUGCAGACAGAAGAGUAAUGUGGCACCAGCCUGUGAAGCCCUUUCUUCCCAGCAUCAACACGUCCUGUUACUCAGCGCUUCGCGACGUAGUGUUUGCGUCCAACUCCACCAAGUCUUACUUCGUUCUCGAUGACUACUGUGUUCUUGGCGAGCAGCCUCGGGCUAUCGAUAUCAGACGCCUGUCGAUCAGGAAAGCGGAUCUACUAGAGCAGGCCAACCAGGGACCGAAAUCCCUCGCCGAGAACGAAGUGAAUCAAGUGAUUACCUAUUGGUGGCCAUCUGCCGAAUCCGCAGGUGGGGCAGCAGCCUCCCCCUUUGUUCUUCACGUCAGCACGGACCCAACCAUCUCGAUGGCAAUCUCCUGGGGCAUGGACUUGACGGCAAGUGGGGCACAUCUCAUCGUCGGGACGAGUCCCACAGGGACAGCAGGAGAUAAGCCGACGAUCACUGCUAUUUCCACGACCAACGGCAGCCACGUGUCCGUCACUGCCCCAGCUGAUGUCUAUUCGGGUGUCAGUUUCAAUCCAAAUAGAACGCACCUGUUCGUUGCAGAUAUCGUUCAUCCCAUUAAGAUCCUUUCCACGGCCGUAGGAGAGUCCGGGCUGCCCAUCAAUUCGUCGAAAGAAUGGCGAACUAUCAAUGAACUUUCUAGCAGAGGGGAUCUUAACGUAUCCGACGUGUCCUUUCGCAGACAGACGUUCGUUGCAGACGGGAGGUGUGAUGUGGUGGCGACUGCAGACGGAUGCAAUAUCUUUGCCACGGAUGGCAAGCUAGGUCUUCUACGUUGGCUGAAGCUGGACUCUCCAUGUAGCACGGCGCACAGUGUAGUGACUGUGGCAGCAAUCCCUGACGACCGCUUCCACGGGCUGGCGCUUCAUGAAUACGGAGGCGAGCUGUUCUUGUUCGUCGGAGGCAACCUGUUCAAGUUCAAAUAGACAGCUCCAAACUGCAUGCCUGUGCGGCCAGCACGCCAUUGCCACCCAGCGUU